UUCUGCUUGUUGUCGAGGGUGUCUCAAAUGAGUAAACAUUUGCAUUAAAGCUGCUGAAUACCAACUCACCAUAUUUGGACAGGUGGAGAUAGAGAAAGAAUUGAGCGAUAAAGCAGUGAGUAAAUCAUUACAGGGGCGGAUAGAGUCCAGUGGGAACAUUUCUGAACCCUUGCAGUCCAACACCGUUGGGUUUCCAGAAGAGCAGCGACGUUCAUGACACUAUGACGCGGGACAAGAUCUUGGUGGUUUUUGCUUUAGCUUGGCUUUACUGUUCAACGGGACACGGACAAACUGACAUUAGCAUCCCGUGUGACGAUAAACAGGUGGAAGAUGUUGUCAAUUUAACUCUUUCCAAACAUAACGAGAUAUUAACCGAAGGCGCUCAACUGGCUCUCUAUGAAAUCCUGGAGGCUACAAAGGCUCAGAAUGAGUCGGGGUACGUUCUGUUUGUGCGCUUCACGAGCAGAGAGAGCGACUGUCCCGCGGCAGGAGACAAGCUUUGGCAUCAGUGCGACUACCUGCAGCGAGUGGACACGGCACUCAGGAUCUGUCAUGCAAAAGUCCUGUUUACAGAAGCUGGUCAAGAGCUACUGGUGCAUGACUGUUCAGCCGAGCCAGCUAUUUCCUCUAAAGUUGCCCACUGUCUGGGCUGCCCUGAAAAGAUGGACUUACAUCAAGAAGAACUGAGAGAACCGCUCAUUCACUCUUUGACCAAAGCCAACAACAUGGUCAAUAGUGUGCAUUUAUUCAUCUUUAAGGACUUGAAAUCAGCAACAAAACAGGUGGUUGCUGGAUUCAGGUAUAAAUUGCAGUUUGAAAUGGAGAAGAGCAACUGCACCAGGAUAGAAUUCAAAGUGGUUACCGAGGAGUGUCACUCGAUGCAGGAGAAGACGGAGGUCCUGCUGUGUAACUCCACGGUGGAUGUGGCUCCUUGGAGACACGAGGUCCCAGAAGUGCAUGUGGAAUGUCAGACAGGUGUCAUGGGGGGGUUCACAAGAUUCAAACGGCCACCGGGCUGGUCUCCCAUUAGGGCCAUGCCCAUGCUGCCGAAACCAUCAGCCAAUCCCAAAGAGUCCUCAGAGGAAUCCAAGGAGCGCGUCAGUGCAACCAAACACCCAAAGCUGAACUGUCCUACCAAACCAUGGAAAGAGUUCAAGCCCGUCACUGUAAGCAUCGCUGCCCCGAACGCUACAGAGUCGGCCACAGCAGACACCGCUCUCAGCGAUCAGGACUUGAUCUGAUGAGCAGCCCGAGUUUGUUUGUCUUUAUGUGCUCUGUGGUUAAAUGAUUAUCUAAAGAAGGGAAGGAUGAGAGAAAAUGCAACUAACAUUCUUAUAAUGUGUUUAUGGAGUUUUGUCAUUCAUUCAUUUGUGGAUUACAAUAAUUCACAGUUGUCUUCUAUUUCACAAUAAAGAGGAAUAUACAAAUA